AGGGCGGCCCUGCAGGGUCUCCGAGGAGGUUGAGACCUGCGGCUGGGUGGCGGGCGUGGCCACUGGACCCGCCUUUCGCGGAACGCGCCAUCCUUGUAAACGCCUAGACCCCGGCAGCGAGGCCGGGAGGCACCGCCCACUCCUUUGGAGGUGAGCGUGGCCCAGGUAGAGCCGCCGCGCCCUGGCGCUCGGGCUCGGGCUUCAGUGACUAGCAGCUCCCCGCCUCCGUUUGCACAGAGUGCCUGCUUUUAGGAGGUGGCUGUGUUGUCGGAAAAGCUGUCAAGGAGGAAAUUGCCAAACCGUGUCUUUUUUUCUGUUUUCAGAGUAAUUCACAGCAGAUCUGAGUGUUUUAAUUAAAGCAUGGAAUACAGAAAACAACAAAAAACUUAAGCUUUAAUUUCAUCUGGAAUUCCACAGUUUUCCUAGCUCCCUGGACCGGGUUGACCUGUUGGCUCUUCCCACUGACUGCUCUAUCACGUGGUGCUCUCCAACUACUCACCCCGAGUGUAAAGAACUUUCAGCUCGCGUGCUUCGGAGCUGCUGUGGAUGGCCCCGGCUCUCUGGACUGUCCUUCCGAGUAGGAUGUCACUGAGAUCCCUCAAAUGGAGCCUCCUGCUACUGUCACUCCUGAGUUUCCUUGUGAUGUGGUACCUCAGCCUUCCCCACUACAAUGUGAUAGAACGCGUGAACUGGAUGUACUUCUAUGAGUAUGAGCCAAUUUACAGACAAGACUUUCACUUCACACUUCGAGAGCAUUCAAACUGCUCUCAUCAAAAUCCAUUUCUGGUCAUCCUGGUGACCUCCCACCCUUCAGAUGUGAAAGCCAGGCAGGCCAUUAGAGUUACUUGGGGUGAAAAAAAGUCUUGGUGGGGAUAUGAGGUUCUUACAUUUUUCUUAUUAGGCCAAGAGGCUGAAAAGGAAGACAAAAUGUUGGCAUUGUCCUUAGAGGAUGAACACCUUCUUUAUGGUGACAUAAUCCGACAAGAUUUUUUAGACACAUAUAACAACCUGACCUUGAAAACCAUUAUGGCAUUCAGGUGGGUAACUGAGUUUUGCCCCAAUGCCAAGUACAUCAUGAAGACAGACACUGAUGUCUUCAUCAAUACUGGCAAUUUAGUGAAGUAUCUUUUAAACGUAAACCACUCAGAGAAGUUUUUCACAGGUUAUCCUCUAAUUGAUAAUUAUUCCUAUAGAGGAUUUUACCAAAAAACCCAUAUUUCAUACCAGGAGUAUCCUUUCAAGGUGUUCCCUCCAUACUGCAGUGGGUUGGGUUAUAUAAUGUCCAGAGAUUUGGUGCCAAGGAUCUAUGAAAUGAUGGGUCAUGUAAAACCCAUCAAGUUUGAAGAUGUUUAUGUUGGGAUCUGUUUGAAUUUAUUAAAAGUGAACAUUCAUAUUCCAGAAGACACAAAUCUUUUCUUCCUAUAUAGAAUCCAUUUGGAUGUCUGUCAGCUCAGACGUGUGAUUGCAGCCCAUGGCUUUUCUUCCAAGGAGAUCAUCACUUUUUGGCAGGUCAUGCUAAGGAACACCACUUGCCAUUAUUAACUUCACAUUCUACAAAAAUCCUAGAAGGACAGGAUACUCUGCAAAGUGUUAAAUAAAGUAGGUACUGUGGAAAAUUCAGGGGAGGUCAGUGUGCUGGCUUACACUGAACUGAAACUCAUGAAGAAUCCACAGAUUGGAGACUGGAGGGUUACACUUGUGAUUUAUUAGGCCCUUCAAAGAUGAUAUUUGAAGGAAUUAAGUAUAAAGGAAUUGGAGGUUUUUGCUGAAGAAAUUAAUAGGACCAAACAAUUUGGAAAUGUCAUUCUAUAGACUAGAAUUUCUUAAAAGGGUGUUACUGAAUUAUAAGCUCACUAGGCUAUAAAAACAAAACUGUGUGGAGUUUUAUUUAUUGAACAAUCUAGUCACUUGAACGUUUUGUGUGUAUCUUAUGUGGAUUACCAAUUUAAAAAUAUAUGUAGUUCUGUGUCAAAAAACUUCACUGAAGUUAUACUGAACAAAAUUUUACCUGUUUUUGGUCAUUUUAGUAGGUACUUCAAGAUGUUGCAGUAUUUCAUAGUUGUUAUUAUUUAAUAUUACUCCAAACUUUCUGUGUUUUUAAAUGUUUUGAUGAUUUCAAUACAAUAUAAACAGGAUAGUGAAUCAUUCUUUACAUUCGAACAUUUUCCAGUUACUCAGCUGAUCAGUUUAUUAUUGAUAUAUCACUCCAUUAAUGUAAAGUCAUAGGUCAUUAUUGCAUAUCAGUAAUCUCUUGGACUUUGUUAAAUAUUUUACUGUGGUAAUAUAGAGAAGAAUUAAAGCAAGAAAAUCUGAA